AUGAUGAUCAAAGGCGUAUUAAUCUUUAGUUGCGUGACCUUAUCCCAAGCUAAUCCAACGACUGAUUCGAGCUUGGCUGCGUUCUUAAGCGAUGUGAAUCAGCAAUUGUCCACUUUGUACGAUCAGGAGCAGUUAGCACUAUUCCGAAAUGAGCUUGAUGGACCCAAUGAUCUGAUGGCACUGCUCCAAGCUGAGCUAGCAAAUGAGAAGCGAAUGAGCUAUCUGAAGAGCAUUAGCAGCCGCGUGGCAAAAUUUAAGAGAUUGGGUUGGGGCGAUGCAUUGCAGCGACGUCAACUGCAAAGAAUGCCCCAGCCGGGUUAUGAGGCACUUGCGGCUGAUGAGGUGGCUCAAGUCUACCAGCUGGCAGCUAACAUGAGUGAGAAUUAUCACAAUGUUAAACUCUGUGCCUACAAGCAACCAUACAACUGCACCCUUAAACUCAUUCCCGAUGUGCAGAGCGUGGUGCAGCAGAGUCGAAAUCUGGAGGAGAUUGAAUACUAUUGGCUGGAGUGGCGGCGUUGCACGGGUCUGCCCACACGUCAGCAGUUUGUCAACUUUAUGCAGCUUUAUAAGAAGACCGCAAAGCUAAAUGGAUUCCAGCAACCGGCGGAUUAUUGGUUCCGCCACCUGGAGCUGAGUGCAAAGCAGGCGAUGAGUCUGCUAAAUGAAUUGAUGUCCUCCUUGCAGCCGCUCUUUCUGCAAUUCCAUGCCCAUGUGAGGGGUUCGCUGCGAAAGAUGCAUGGAGAGCGGCAAGUGCCGCAUGGUCGUCCUUAUCCACAGCAACUGUCUGAGAUCUUUCUGGGCAAUGCCUUCAGGCGUGCGAAUGCCGCCUGGUUUGUGGAUAUACCUUCACCAGAGAAUGGUUUGCCGAAUAUUACCGAGGCACUGCGUCGACGUAGCUUGAACACAACGCAACGAGUAUUCUGGAAUGUGGCCGAGUACUAUCGAGGGUUGGGUCUAACACAAUUGGAGAGUUCUAUUUGGACCUAUGCUCAGCCUGUGGCUACUCACAACGAGGAUCAGUGCUGGCACAAGGCCUGGCGAUUCCACACGCUCUCCACAUCAAAUUUUAGCUACUGCCCGCUAAAUGAUGAGGAGCGUUUAUUCAGCAUGUUUGAGGCACAGUUUGAGCUGCAUUAUUUUCGAGCUGCCGCGGCGCAGCCGAUGCUGCUGCGGGAGGAGCCCUUUCCCAACUUUGUGGAAGCUUUGGGCAAAUGUUUCGCACUUGCCGCCGCCUCUCCCCGCUACCUUCGCAAGCUGGGACUUGUCCAGGGCACGGCAUGGAGUCGUUUGCCAGCCCGCCUCAAUCGAUUGUAUCUGCAGGGAUUGCGUGUGAUCUUUUUGUUGCCUGUCUUCUAUGUCCUGGAUCGCUAUCGUGUGGAGGUGCUUAGCGGACACAUCCAAGCGGACGACAAUGAAGCCUACUGGCGGCUAACGGAGCUGUUCACAGGAGCCACUGCACCACGCAGACGCAGCAACGAGCACUUUGAUGUGCCUGCAAAGCUUCUGAUGGAGGUGGAUGAUCAGUAUACCAGUGAAUUCCUAAGCAUCGUGCUGCAGUUUCAGCUCUAUUUGCACUUCUGCAACAGCUCGGGUCAGUUUGUGGCGGACUCUUUGGACAAGCCCUUGGAUCUGUGUGAUCUUUCUGAUCAGCCUCAGAUUGGAGAUAGUCUGCGUCGCAUCAUGGCUUUGGGUUCAUCGGUACACUAUAAAGAGCUGUUGAGGCAACUGCUGGGCAGGGAGGAACUUAGUCUAGAUGGACUUUUGAUCUAUUUUAAACCUCUACAGGAUUGGUUGACGCUGCAAAAUAGAGUGAAUGGUUUGGAAGUGGGUUGGCUUUAG